AUGGAGGCGAACGACUCGUCGCAAGCUUCGGGCGGCCCGACGAACUCGACAUUGCCGACGAGCCGGCCUCAACCUAUAUCAGGUCAGCACGCAGACAACCCAACAUCAAAAGACGCCAACAUGGCUACCGGGGAUGACGAUGAGGAUGAAGAAGGCAUGCUCAGGGUGGAUGAAGAGGGCCAGAUUGCAGAAGAUGACGGCGUCAACCACGAGGUGAGCUACUCUCGUCCUAGUGCCGAUGGACGCCCCGUUCCCCUUGCUGACCGUCUCACCCCGCUCGUUGAUCCUUCAUUCGACAAGAAGGCGAGUUCGGCGCCGUCGACCACCAACACUGCCGGCUAUCUGUCUCCAAGACAUUCAGCUUCGAGUCGAGAUCGUGAGGGCGAUCGGUACCACGAAACGUCGCCCGGCCCUUCUUCAUCCUAUGCACCACAGCGCCCACGAUUUGGCUACUCUGCAGAAGCCCGGGACUCGUACGGCUCGGCAUCAGCAUAUUCUUACCCUCGCGAUCCUCUCCGGCCAGAUUCGUUCCCGUCAGCUUCUAGAAACAGCUUCAGUGGGCAAGCACCGCGAGCAGACAACCGACGAGGCUGGUACGCAUCACCAACCAGCGCUACUCCCCGCGGAUCCGACACCUACAGGCCCGGUGCCAACCGCGAGCGCGAUCGGGAGCGAGAUUGGGACUCUUUCCGCGACAGCGACAGAGACCGAGACUGGUCGACGUUGGAUCGCGAGCGUGACCGAGACGCAUACCGACACUCGCCGUAUCCGCCUUCUAACUCCACCAAGUACGGUUUCGACAAUCGCGAGUUCAACGGCCGACGAGCGGCUUCUCCGUCGCCAAAUAUUAGCAGAGAUCGUGAUUUCGACGCAGAUAGAUCCAGGGAUAGAGAUCGCGAAUGGCCUGGCGAGCGUGAUCCGCGCGUGCGAGCGUCUAGUGCCGGCUGGGGCAAUGGCGGAAUGCGUCAGUGGGGAAAGGGCUCUGAUGCAGGGACCGUCCGUCACCCAGCCUCUGACGAUGCACGCUCUGAUACUUCGCAACGUCCGUCAGCACCACGUUCAAAUCAGACACCUCCACCUGCCGGAUCGAACGACCUAGGUCGCAAACCGACUGAAUCGGACCUCGCUUCCGAGAAGAGUGAGACGAGGAGCAGAGACGUGUCGCAUCGGACAACCCAGUCUGCAGAGCAAGAUGCUGCUGACGACGAAAUCCGAACGAGCGGGCAUAGCAUCGGCAAGGAGUGGGAAGAGCCAUCGAAAGCAGCGAACGCUCCAACCGCUGUUCCAGACGUGCAGGCUGACGAGACAAAAGUUGAUGUGCCGACAACCAUGGCACCCACACUACUGGAUAAGGACGUUGGAGAACCAGCGCAAAUACAAGCUGUGGAGGACAAGAAGACGGAAGAGUCUCCAGAGCUCGCACAAGUGGAUUCGAAUACUGCAGCCGCGAGUGAUGCUGCGUCCGUGCCGAGCGUGGAAGCAAAGACCAGCGACAACCAGCAACCUUCAGAGCCAGUUGAAGAACAAAUCGGCUCUGCCGUCAUCGAAAGGGCUGCACAAGAAAGUGAAGGACAGCCUCAGCUACCGCCCGAGUCGACGUCAGUAGACGAGCCGACCGCAACAGCCGCACAGCUACCAGACCUCUUGCCGUCUUCGAAAGAAGGCACCUCAGCUCAGUCAAAUGCCGCUGAUGCACAGCUGCCGAGCACUGUGGACGGCAUCGAUCAGCAAGCUGAUGCCGGAGCGCCAUCAGCAGCAGCUGCGCAAGCGAACAUCGCCAACGAAAGCGCAGCAGUAGGCACCCAAACGUCAGGCGCCGACGUUCCGCCAUCUGCUCCCAAUGCGCAGUCUGUCUUCCCCGAUUCUGCUGACGGAUCUAUGGAGCUGGCCAGUGAAGCGCCAGAGAGCGGUCAUUUGGGCAAGGAGAAGGUUGGGCACCCUGCGAUCCAGGAGGCGGCUGCAGCAACUGCAACAGCAGGAGCCGCGCAGCCCGAAGACAUUGAAAUGCCUUCUGCUGAAGAAGACCAAUCAGCGGCUGUGGAUGCAUCGACUCCUCUUGCCGAUCUUGAUCCGACACGCGAUGCUGCUCCCACGAGCGGUAGUGUAGAUGCGGAGCCCUCCGACGCUGCAACGUCAAUGAUCGACGAGACGGUCGUACCCGUUUCCACCUCGAUCGCGUCAGUCAAGGAACUCACAGGCGAUGUCGACAUCUCCGAUGCGGCUCCCGAACAUCAAGAGCCACAGCAGGCGUCUGAAGAUAUUGAUGUUACUCGAAGCGCCCUGCUUGGGACUAAUGUCCACGCAGAUAGUCAGCCAGAAUCGAUUGCCACCGCAGCCGAUGGCGCUGUCGAGUCGACCGAGCUGCCACAGCCAUCAGCGUCGGAGAAACGAGCAGACGUCGUCUCCGGCAGUCAACAAACGGACACGCUCAUCGACGUGACGGCUCUUAGCCGGCAAGACGUUGAUACGGAGGACCAAAAGCCACUUGUUGAGGCUGAAGACAGCCUGUCAGCGCCGGCGGAUGCUUCUGUAACGCAGCCCGUGCUGACCGACGCCGAGACGGCCGAUGGAGGCAACGCGGCAACACAACAAGAAAACAGCACGGCGAAUGCCGUUCUUCCCGCAGAGGUGCAUGUCAAGCUUGAGGAGGAACCAGCUGCCCCAAUCAGCGACGUGUCCAUGAGCGAUGAACGUGCUGGUUCAGAUCCAGUUGAUGCAGUCCCGACACGGACAACAAAGACCGGCGCGCCGAUGGAGGAUUCGGCCACGGUCCUCGAGGAUCAGCCAGCAUCCCCUGUCAAAGUCGCUUCCUCCGACGUCACGAUGUCCGCGCCUGAGACAGGCGCUGAUGACGCCAUCCCAGCACCAUCCUCGCAGAUCCAGGUUUCCGGUCAGUUUGUCACUGCUACGAUCGACAACGAGAACAAAACGCAAGAAAUAACACUCCCGCACGUCGACUACGGCGAUGACAAGGAAGCGCAGGCUCUCAUGCAGCAAGAGUCGGCCCGCAUCGAAGAAGUCGAGAUGCCUGCAGUUGACGAGGUGGAGCCUCCCUUGCGUAUCGCCGAAAUCAAUGACGCUGCGAAGGAGGUCGAACCGCCCAUGAUGACACCCACCACACAGGAGCAGGUGGAUCGCGCAAUCAACGCCGCUGUUCGUCAGCACUUUGCAAUAGAUCUUGCUCACAAGGACGACUGGAAGAAGAUCAUGCGGGAGAAUCAAAUGCUUUCGCAGAGGACGACGAUGGACGUGCUCAAAGCCAAGAUUUACGGCAUUCCCCAGACGAUCAGCUCGGAAAAGCCGCUCUGGCUCGACGAAGGCGAUGACCAAGCACAGCGAACGAAAGCGCAGCUCUACACCCAGCUGCUCGACCGAAAGAAGCGCCUCAACGAAAAGACAGAGGCGCUCAAGAAGCGAUAUCGCAGCAUCAACGAAGAGUGGAAAUUGCACUGCUCGCGUCUCGACCGCAGCGCCGAGCGCCGUGAGAUGUUGCGUCGACCACCGAUCAACACGCCAGCUGGGACUCCCGGCGCUUUCGGUGCGGAAGAAACAUCGCCUGGUGGAGGAGGUGGAGGCUUGCUGGGGUCUUCUCUUCUCACAGGACGAGCCAAUCGUCGCGGCGCUCAGACUGGCGGUUUUGCCGGCUUCGGCGAUGCUGUCCGCUCUGAGGCCGAGUUCCUCGAGAUUCUCGCCAGCUUGGAGAAUGCAGACAUGCAAGAUCCCAACAUGCGAGCUGCGCGAACCACUGCCACCACUCCCGACAUGCACAUCGACCCAGAUUCGGACCAUCUCAUGAAGCUCCGAUACGACGACAUCAACGGCUUUGUGGCGGAUCCACUAGCUUUCUAUCUCGACGAAUUCGACCCUGACGUGUGGACCGACGAGGAGAAGGCCAUUUUUGCGCGACGCUAUGCUCUAUGGCCAAAGCAAUUUGGCAAAAUCGCUCAAGCUCUGCCACACAAGACACCUUCGCAGUGCGUUCGCUACUACUACCUCAACAAGAAGGCGCCCGGCAACGACUUCAAGGCCUUGGCAGCUGCCAGGAAUCGGGAGCGCAAGCGCAAAGCCCGCGUCAAGCCCAAGAAGGCCAAGGGCAGUGCGCUCAUGGCUGAUCUGAAGUCGGCAAAGGGUGAGGAGGUUGACGAAGCCGAGGACGGUUCCGGGCUCCGUUCGCCUGUCGACGCGACGGAUCCGUCGGGAGUUUCGUCCGAUGUGCCCGUGACUGGUGCUGGUCGCAGAGGCGGUGGUCGUAGUCGAAUGGUUACGUCGACCGUCGAUAGUGUUGCUGGUGUUGGCGAAGACAGCGUCGCUGGCCGUAAGCGACAAGCUGACCAAGGCGAUGCUGACGGGAAAGGGUCAGAUGCGAAGCCGGACAAGCGCAAACCUGGACCGAAAUCGAAGCGUGCCAAGUCGGACAGUGCUAGCGCUACCGAAAAGGCGCGCAAACAGCGCCCGGGAGGUAAGAAGGACAGUACAGCGCUGGACGAGGCGAAAGCCGGGGACCCUGUCCUUUCCGAGGCUGCACUCAAAGCGGACACGCUCGAGGAGACCACGCUCAUUGGAGGGGUCGACGACGACACAGCCUCUGCCGAGGUGAAGCCCAGAGUCGAAGACAGCGAUCUUGCUGCAGCCGAAGCCCUUGGAGCGCUGGCUGGUCUUUUCGGAGGGCCAGGUUCCGGCGAUGCAAAUGCAAACACCACAGCUGACGGUUCCCCCAGCGAGCUGGACGCAGAUGGUCGCAAAGCGGGCAAGAAGCGUCGCAGCAAAACAGCAGCUCCGGGUGAGGAGGGCGGCGAGGUCGGCGGCGGCAAAGGUCGCGGCAAGCAGCCGACUUCGUCGUACUGGUCUGUCGCAGAACGAUACGAGUUCCUCCGUGCACUCGUUGUGCAUGGACCCAGAUGGGAAGUUGUGUCAUCGACUUUGGCUCAGAAGUCGACGGCUCAGGCACGCAACUACUUUGCCCGGAACGAAGACGAAACCGACUUUGCCGAAGCAGCGGCUCUGGCGCGCUCGCACGCCGAUGCGCCGCUCGAGGAGCGUGAGCAAGCUGCGCUCGCCUUUGUGCGCCAGCGCUUUGCGAGCAACUCUGCUUCCGCACUGCCUUCGGCUGGCCCUGGUAUGGUUGCUUCUGGGUCCGUGGGACCUGGAGUUGGCAGCGAAGGGGGCCGAAUGACUCACCUGCCGCCACCACCUGGCAUCUCUGUGGGUCAGGUCGAUGGGAUCGACGUCAAGAUGCGAGACGAAUCACCCGAGCCAGCGAUGCAUCGUCGUGGGUUGCAGAUCAACUCGCUGCUCAACGACACAAGCGAUGCUACAAGCCACCGCGAAGCAAGACGAUCUUCCCUGCACGCCUGGCAGGCGGAUCGUAGGGACGUUCCGCCACCAACCAUCGGACGGGAUGGAUCUGUGCCGCCUUCGCUGUACGCAAGGCAGUCUCACGAUUUGGAGGAGCGAAGGCCGCUCACCGCCGACCGCAUCGAUGGUAUGCAUACGAUCAGCUCCGAGGGACGGCUCGGUCGAGAAAAUUUCGAAGAGCGGGCCCGACAGCACGGUCGUUUCGAGCCGCAAAGACCUCCUGUCGAGGGUCGUGAUCCGCGAGAAGAAGCUAGCGAAUCGCGACCGUGGGUCUACGAUUCGCCAUAUGAGGCACGACGCCGAGUCUCGCCUUCAUCCGCGUAUGCAUCGAUGGCGCCGCCGUCGCAUCCAGCCGAUCGUGGCAUGCCGCCGUCCCGAUACUCGAUGCCGCCAAGCAGCGUGUCGAGUUCUGGUCACCUUGCUAGGACAGGCCCGAUGCCGAGCCACUUGACAUCGAGCGAGGUCGCCGAAGCAGAACGCGAGCGCGAGCGUGAACGAGCUGGUUACGGCAUGUACGGCGCGGCGGAUCUCUCCGACGAGCGCGCAAUUCGGUGCAAGUCACGGAUACAGUCGAUACGGGACACCAGGCGUCGCAAGUUUAUAUCCCAGCACUGCCGGGGCGUCGGCUUCGAGUGCAUUGGCCAGCAGGGGAAGGUCUGCGAACGGUCCGCUCACUGCACCUCUGCCUUCGUCAACAUUGGAGCGUCCUUCGUACGAGCAGAGGUGGCAGAGACAGCAAUCAUGGACGCCAUCGCCCAAGCCGGUCGGGCAUUCCUCACUUCGACGAGUGACAUGCUCCAGAAUGCGCUCGUUUCAUCCAACGCCUCGGCAACAAACGCCCACGCCGAUUCGCUCACAAAAGACCUCGUUGUCCAGCAAAUCCUCAUCCAUCCGAUCAAAUCGUGUCGCGGCACUUCUGUUCAGGAGGCACCGUUCGACCAUCAAGGAUUGCAAUACGAUCGCACAUGGCUCAUCAUCGAUGCCAAUACAAAGAAGUUUUACACCGCCAGGGAACUGCCAAAGAUGGUGCUGAUCCACCCGAGGAUCGUCCACGAGAGCAACAAGCUGGUGAUCGAGAUCCCGCAGUCAGAGACCGGCGUAGCUGCGAGUACAGCAGAGGUGAGCUUGCAGCCUAGCAAGGAGGAUUUGGAGAAGUACGAGGUGGUGGAUGGGAUCUUCAUUUGGGGCUCGUACGUCGAUGGGUACGCUGUAUCGCGUGAAGCCGACGAGAAGCUGUCGGCGUACUUUGGGAAAGAGGUGAGGCUGGUGAGGAAGGGACCUUCUCCCAGGGAAUCCGGACCGACAAAGCCGGACGGCAGCGUCGAGUGGAAAGACGCCGUACUUCGAUACCAGGACUUUUUUCCUUGUCUAGUCGCCUCCGCGGAAAGUCUGAGGGACGUCCAACGCACGCUCACUGCUUCCGUCUAUCCCUCCCUAUCUGGUGAAGGUGAUGACGCAAAGUCAUACAAGGUGCCACCCUCGGUCAAUCGCGAAUACUGGACCCCGGAAGAACUCUCCUCUCUCCCCAUCACGCGUUUCCGUCCCAACAUCAUCGUCGACAACGCUCCCAACUCCACCACCACCCUCUCGGCUUGGGAAGAAGACGGUUGGACAGCAGCCGAGCUCUUCCCCUCGUCCUCUUCCGGCGACGCCCCAUUCGGGAAGAAGGCGGAGGGUCAAGGUAGAGCAGGAAUCUACAUGUUGGCAAAGUGCGCACGCUGCAUGGUUCCCAACAUCGAUCCCGAGACAGGCGUCAGGGACAACUUCCUGCCGUACAGGGUGCUGCAGGAAUACAGACAGGUGGACAAGCUGGCUGCGCAGAAGGGCAAACCUUGCUUCGGCAUGUUGAGUGUGCCGAGGGAGAAGGAGGGUGUGGUUAGGGUGGGAGAUGUUUUCAGGGUGACGAAGACGACGGAUCCGAUGACGAGGCCUUCGCCUGCUUGA